UGCCUUGGGACUGUGAGAUUACACUGCAGCCAAAGUCUGCCACACAAAUCUGCCCGUCUUUAUUAUCCUGUUUUGAUAAGAAACACAAGGACGCGUCUUGUGCUUUUAACUAGCCUCCCAUCACUUCUGCUAUCCAGUUCACAGCGUGUCAGGAGACUUUUGAGAGGGACAAAAAUGAAUGGCACGAUGGAUGGGAACUUCAUGUAUUCUCCUCAUGACGGCUCCUUCAUGUUUACUUCUGAGUCUGUGGGAGAGGGACAUCCUGAUAAGAUAUGUGACCAGAUCAGUGAUGCUGUGCUGGACGCUCACCUGAGGCAAGACCCGGAUGCUAAGGUGGCUUGUGAGACGGUGUGUAAGACGGGCAUGGUGCUGCUCUGCGGUGAGAUCACAUCUCGGGCCAACGUGGACUACCAGCGGGUGGUGAGAGAAACCAUCCGGCAUAUUGGUUAUGACUCGUCCGAGAAAGGGUUUGAUUAUAAGACCUGUAAUGUGCUGGUUGCCCUGGAGCAGCAGUCCCCUGACAUCGCACAGGGAGUUCAUAUCGACCGUGUGGAGAGUGAAAUUGGAGCUGGCGACCAGGGUCUGAUGUUCGGAUAUGCCACAGAUGAGACAGAAGAGUGCAUGCCCCUCACCAUAAUCCUAGCCCACAAACUCAAUGCAAAGAUGGCCGAACUGAGACGAAACGGCACAGUCCCCUGGCUCCGCCCGGACUCCAAGACACAGGUGACGGUUCAUUACGCCCAGGACAACGGCGCUGUGAUCCCUAUAAGGGUCCACACUGUUGUGAUCUCAGUUCAGCAUGAUGACUAUGUGAGCCUGGAGGACCAGAAGAAAAUACUAAAGGAGAAGGUCAUCAAGGCUGUGGUUCCAUCAAAGUACCUGGACGAGAACACCAUCUACCACCUGCAGCCCAGCGGACGGUUUGUAAUUGGUGGACCACAGGGUGAUGCUGGAGUGACGGGCAGGAAGAUCAUUGUUGACACAUACGGCGGUUGGGGAGCCCACGGGGGCGGGGCCUUCUCUGGGAAGGAUUACACCAAAGUGGACCGCUCGGCGGCCUACGCCGCCCGCUGGGUGGCAAAAUCUCUGGUGAAGGCCAAACUGUGCAGGAGGGUGCUGGUGCAGGUUGCGUAUGCAAUUGGAGUGGCCCAUCCACUCUCCAUCUCCCUGUUUACAUACGGCUCCUCUCCCAAAAAUGAGAUGGAGCUGCUUCAGAUCGUCAAUAAGAACUUCGAUCUCAGACCCGGCGUCAUUGUCAGAGACCUGGACCUGAAGAGACCAAUCUACCAGAAGACUGCCUGCUAUGGACACUUUGGCAGAAAGGACUUUCCCUGGGAGAUCCCAAAAAACCUCAACUUCUAGAGUAUCUAUGUACCCGUGUGUAUGUGUGUGCGAGAGCGAGCAGAGUGUCAGUGAUAUAUAGAUAGCUGUCCUCGUGCUCCUGUAACCCAGUAAGAGAAAGGCAGCUGCCAGCAAACAGGAGGGAUGGGUCAGGGUGGGGUGCAGAUCAACUCUGGUCAUUGGACGGGGGGAAGAUCUUUCAUCUGCAAUUUAUGACUCUGAAGCCCCUCAAUGGUAACCUGAAAUAUGAGUGACGUGCUUGGUAUUUUAGUCCUGUAGAUACAGUGUGCAGUCACAUGCAUGCAGUUUGUUUGAUACUCAAGUUGGUUUAGAAAGUUGUUGUUUGGCUUUUUUUUUUUUUUUUUGUCCAGAAAUAAGUGAAUGACCAAAUUUUAAGGAAGAGCAGCCAUGCAUACGUUUGCAGAGACAUUUCAAAGCCACUUUAAUGUCUUAAGUACACUCAAGAUGUGGGAAACAAUUGGUGACUUUGCUGCAUGGUUCUUAACAUUUACUCUGUUUUUUUUUGUUAUUGUUGUCUGUAUUUUUAUAUGAUACAAUAAAUAGCUGGUUGCUAGCAGGGUGUCUGCAGGUUUCAGUGCAACACAAAGCCUUGAAAGGAAACAAAGAUAAGACGUGAUCUCAAAAGGUGGAGAAAUAUAGAUAUCCCAAAGAAAUUUUAAAUGUCAAUGAUUCAUGAGGUGCGAAUUAGAGAAAUCCUAAACGCUUCCAAACAUUUAUAUAAUAUGUUUUAUAUGAUAGAUAGCUGGCCACUAGCAAGGUGUCUGCAUGUUUUAGCAUUACUUUGGAUCAUCGAAAGCCUUUCAAGGUCCCAAAAUGACAUUAUUGACUGUAAGACUUAAUAGUUUUUAGAAGUCUUGGUAGGUUUUUCUUUUGUUUUUGUUUUCCAGUAAGAAAUAAAUGCACAAACCUUUAAUUUACAUUUUUCAAUAUCCUCUUCCAAGGUCAAAGUUUGGGAUUAAAAUAUAGGUUUUUACAUUAUUUGACCUUAUAACAUCGAGAUCUGCUGACAUCAGGUUUUAAUUGGAUGAUCUAAAGCCUUUAAAGCACUACAGCUACGUUUUCAUCGUUUUUUUAGAAUCGUUUUAUAUUUUACAUAUUUACUCUCUCCCCUCUGCCAAGAUCCAUGUUUGAGAUUCAAAUAUUGUUUAGGUUUUAAACUAUUUGGUAUUACAAUACUAUGAAUAUCAUCAAGACCUGCAGACAUAUGAUCUCCACAAAAGAUGAGAUGUGAUCACAGAAAGGGGGAGAUGAAACCCUGCUUCCAGAUCUUUAUACUGUAUAUUUUGUUUUGUUUUUAUGUUAGAUAGCUGGCUGCUAGCAGAGUGUCUGCGGGUUUUAGUAUUACAUUUGAUGAUCUAAAGUCUUAUCAUAUGAUUAUAUUCAGCUUUGAUUGUAAGUCUUGAUAGUUUUUAGAGCUCUUGGUGUUUGAGGUUUCAAUAGGAAAUCGAUGUACAAAUCUGCAUUAUCAAACCUUUUCAUCUAAAGUUGAUGUUUGAGACGAAACAGCUGGUUCUUAAGUUUUAUGUUAUUGGGUACUAAAACAGUGCAAAUAUAAGACUAAAAAGACCUGCAGACACUUGUAAAACAAAGAUUAAAUGUUGUCAAAAUGCAGUAGAUGUUCCAAAGAAGUUUGAAAUAGUCACAGAAUCAGAGAUAACCUGUGAAUGUGCAACCUUGAGCUGCAUUUUUCUCUUCUACAAGGAAGUCAUAUCUCAAUCUUUGCACAUAAUGUGUCAUUAGUCUAGAAAAACAAUGUAAAUAUGAUUUUUGAACAAUAAAACAUUUUAACAAGAAAGCAUUUAAUUUUCCUCCA